UUGGCCGUCCAGAGUUCCGCUGCGACGGGAUCAGAAGACGCAAAUCAAGUGAAAGAAAUUUUCUGACAGGAGAAAAGUUCAUGCUGGAGUUCUCAAAGACCUCCGAGGGCCUCAUGAAGUCCAAACUGAACAUGGAGAGUCUGAGCAAGCCAGAGUUGCUGAUGCUUUUCAGCAUCCUGGAGGGAGAGCUGGAGGCCCGGGAUCUUGUCAUUGAAGCCCUAAAGGCACAGCGUAAAGAGCUAUUCAUUCAGGAGCGCUAUGGAAGGUACAACCUCAGUGACCCCUUCCAGGCUUUGCAGAGAGACAGUGAGGCUGUGGGGGGCCAGGACAAAGAGGCUGGCUGUUCUUCCUCUACCUCCAACCCUCUAGUGGUCCUCAAACUGGUGGUGAGCCACUGCAGGAGAAUGCAGGAGAAGAUGCUGGCCCAGCUGGCUGCAGCUGAGAGCAGGCACAGAAGGGUCAUUGCAGACCUGGAGGAGGAAAAGAGGAAGCAUGCAGAGGAUACAGCGGAGGGAGAUGAUGUCACUUAUAUCCUGGAAAAGGAGAGGGAGCGCUUACAACAACAGCUGGAUUUUGAGAGGAGUCAGGUCCGCCGGCUGGAGAAAGAACAGCGGCGCAUUAGUGACCAGUUAGAGGAAGAGCGGGCUCAGCACAAACAGCUCUCCUGUGCUUUGGCCAAAGAGUGCAAGUGGGCCAGUGCCAGAGCUCUGGAGGAGGGACACCGACUGAGCGAACUGAGCCGUAAACUCGAAAAGGAAAAAGAGACUUGUCAGUCUCUUAGAAAAGAACUGGAGGAUGAGAGGACAAAAGCUCUGAGGAUGGAGGCAAGAGUGGAGGAGCAGCUGGCUGAGUUUGACACAGAGCGUGAACAGCUCCGCUCACGUCUGAAGAAGGAGGAAGCUCACUGUUGUCAGCUACAGCUUCAGGUAGAAGAGCUCAAGAGGAAGCUGGAGGAAGUGAACACAACGAAGGAAACUAGAGGAGCCAUUACUCCAACUGAGCCAGGAGAAAAGGAGUGGGCCACAAAAGUUCCUCCGGGAAAGUCAUUAGUAGACUCUAUUAAGGUUGAGGACAUAGAGGAGGACAGAAAUAAGCCACCUUCACAGGCAAACGGUCAUCAUUGUCCAGCAGAGACUAACGGGCAUCAUGGCCCACAGAAUGGAAAUGAAAAUCCUCCAAUUCAGACCCAAACAUCGUUCUCCCCCUCCACUGCUGUUUCUCCAACUCUUCCUUGUUCCUCCCCCUGCGCCUCACCCAUUCUUGCCAAACGGCCACCAACCAGCCCAAAUCAAGAAAGCUUUCAGUCUCCCUACCAAGCCGGGAUCAAUCAGCGUUUCCAUGCUGCUCGUCAUAAGUUUCAGGGUACCCCUGACCCAGAGCCGCAGUCCCAGGCUGUGCAGCCUGCUCUUCCUCUCUUGCCGAAGGACCCCUCUCCUGCGGCCGUCACCUCGUCGCCAGAGGCCAGCCCGGUCAAGCAGAUUGCCCGCAGCACAGUUACUCAAGUCCUAUCACGUUUCACCACCGCCCAGCAAAGUGCUACAGCGAAGCUCGCCACAUCGAACAACUCACCCUUUGGUACAGACUACCGCAGCCUGGCAGCACCUUUGUCUCCAAUCAUUGGAAGGGCUGCAGGGAUGGUUCCCCAAGGAAUAAAAUCGCCCACCAUUCCCAGGGCAGAGCGGGGCAACCCUCCACCAAUCCCUCCUAAGAAGCCUGGUCUAGCCCAGGCCCCUUCUUCUCCAGCUGCAGUCCCCAGGUCUCCCAGCCAUUUCUCUGAUAGCCCCCUCGCAGGAAGCUGUGGCCUCACCUCCGGCCAGGAAGGAGUUAAAGAACUGGACAUGGUGGUUUCAUCUAAUUAACCGAUCUGCUUGUGGCAACAUCCACGUUUCAUAAUAAGAUAUAGGCUUGUAUAUAACCAGAGUUUUAUCAUUUCCUUUUUUUGAACAAAUGCCCCUCAAACACUGUUAUGCUGUUUGUAUUUAUUAGAUUUAUUUGAAAUACGUGCAAGGGCACUAUUGUAGGUAGUAGAUGAAGAGCCGGUAGUAAUGAACAAUUACAGCUGAGUUUAAGUUUCAUAAGGUGCAUAUUAUGUUAUUACGAUGUAUAUUUUUUAAAGUGUCUUUCCAUUUAUUUUGUCUCAAGUAUGUCGCUUUUUAUUGUAAGAAUAAUCACCAGUAACUCAAUCUUUGACCAGUUUAGGCUACAGAGUCAUUUUAGUUUGCACUAGUGUUCUUAUUUUUAAAUAAAAACCCAGUAGUCCUUACUUAUUACUGCAUCUUAUUUUAACACAACAAAUAAUCUGAUUAGUGCUGUAAUGUCAUGUCAUGUUUUGUUCUCUAUUAAUUUAAUGAUGUAGUUACAAUAACUAUGUAGACUCUGAUGAUUAUAUGCAGGUGCUGUUGUAAAAACUGUUCUGAUCAUCAUGUCUUUAUCAUUUAUAACAAAUCACUAUAAGAAAGAAAAUGUAGCCAAUCAUAGCUUUGAUUAAUAUCGCAUCCUGCCAUGCUGGGUAUUCCUCUGUUUUUAAUUAUAUUUUUUACAGUACUUUUUUUAGGCUGGAAAGUGGCAUCUUUAAUAAAUAUAUCCUAAAUUUU